AUGUCAGACAAAUCUCCCUUCACCGUGGAACAAACUUCCAUCACCUCUGAAGAUGGACAUUUGGUCAAAAGAUUCGGCCUUUGGACAGCUUGUGGUCUUCAAUUUUCGUUGAUCUGCUCAGCUUUGGCCAUUGGUACAUUUCUCUCCACCGUAGUGGGAGUUGGAGGACUGCCUGUGUUCAUCUAUGGGUUCAUAUUGGCGGUUUUUUUUGACUUGAUAGUCUGCUAUUCGUUGGCAGAAAUUGCAGCCGCUUACCCUCACUCUUCAGCCCAGGUCCAUUGGACUUACUGUCUUGCUCCCGACCAUGCCAAGUCAAUUUUGAGCUUUUUUGUCGGGGUUUUAUCCUGUGCUGGAUGGAUAUUUGCUUGUGUAAGUUCCACCUAUAUUGCAGCACUGUUCAUCUUGUCACUUGCAAUCAUGUACCAUCCGGAAUUUGUUGCUGAAAAAUGGCACUUUUAUCUCAUUUACAUGGCGGUGUAUCUCCUGGGACACCUCAUAAAUGCCUAUGGAGUUCGGUGCUUAACGUGGUUAACCAAUGGUCUUGUGGGAGUGAUAAAUAUUGGUACGCUUUUCAUUCUUAUUGCCUUGCUUGUCAAGGCUCAUCCGAAAAGAUCUGCCACUUAUGUCUUCAAAGAACUCUCCAAUGAAACCGGAUGGAGCUCCAAUGGACUAGUUUUCUUUUUGGGGUUGCUUCCUAGUAUUGCUUCAAUUACCUUUUACGACUGUGCUGCUCAUAUGACCGACGAAAUUAUUCAGCCCGAAAAAAAUGUGCCUUUGGUGAUGGUUAUCUCCAAUACUGUGUCGGCAUUGGUAGCUUUCCUCGCAGCCAUCGUCUACAUGUUCUGUAUUGUCAACGAGAAAAAUAUGGAAGCACCCAUGGGUGGACUUCCCAUUGUGCAAUUGAUGUACGAUGCAUUCAAUUCCAACGCCUUAACCACCAUCGGAAUCUUGUUUUUGAUUUUGACAUUUGUGGGUUCCACCUACCUUUAUUACUGCUCCACCUCUCGAUUAAUAUGGGCAUUUGCAAAAUCCAACGGACUUCCUUUUGGCCAAAGUUUCUUUGGAAAAGUGUCCCCAACGUUCCAGUCUCCCAUAAACGCCCUUUAUUUCACCACCAUAAUUGGUUUAAUAAUCGGAACCAUCAUCCUCGGCUCCAGUACCGCUUUAAAUGCGGUGUUGGGUUCCGCAAUGAUUUGCAUCAAUUUGUCGUACAUUUUCCCCAUUGCCUGUCUUAUGUUCAAAUCCAGCUUCUCGCUGUCUCCCAGAGUCAGAUUUCCAGCCCUGGAAGUGGUUUGUGUGGAAAACAAAGACUUGCCAUAUUUUUCACUCGGUCGCUUCGGACUUCCUAUGAACAUUGCCUCGGUUAUUUGGGCGUGUUUCAUCAUGGUUUGGCUCAAUUUCCCCCUCUAUAACCCAGUCACAACUUCCAAUAUGAAUUAUGCUUGCGCAGUUCUCGGAACUACCUUCCUUGUUGGCAUAGGAUUGUGGUUUGGAUACAGCCGGAACCACUUUAAACACGAUGUUAACCUCAAACACAUAUAG